AUGGACCUCGAUCACACCAAGCCCAUCCCAGCAUACUACUGCUGCUAUCUCCUCCGCUCCACCAAGAAGCACGCUUGUCUAUACAUCGGCUCCACUCCACACCCCGCCAGACGCCUCGCCCAGCACAAUGGCGAAUCCAAAGGCGGUGCGCGCAGGACACACCACGACGACAAGCGGCCGUGGGAGAUGGUCUUGACCGUCGAAGGGUUCACGAGCCGAGUGGCCGCGUUGCAAUUCGAAUGGGCCUGGCAGAACCCCAAAAGGGCGAGGCAGAUUACUGCGAACUACCACCCAGACAACGCCGGGGUCAGACCCAAAGGCCGUGGUUCGCGGAGGUCCAUGAACGCUCACCUGGAGGAUCUUCAUACAUUUCUACGGUCUACGCCCUUUGCGCACUGGCCCCUCAAGGUGCGCUUCUUCGCGGCCGAUGUGCAUCAGACCUGGAGAAUUCUGGCAGAUCGAGUGCAGGGGUUUCUCCCCGAUCAUAUCGAGGUGAUUGUCAAUGGCAAUUGUGCUAGACCGCCAUUGCCACGUGAUGAGGAGCAGGCGCAGGUCAAACGUGUCGCCGGCAUGAAAGUGAAUUACACGCAUAUGCAAGACUACAUAGAUAAGGCCAUGUUCCUUUUAGAGGACUCGGAGAGCUGUCGGUGUGGGGUGUGCGCGGCACGGCUGGUGCCAGACGCAGAAAUGGUAGUGGUUUGCGCCCAGGAUAACUGCUAUUGUACAAGUCAUCUAUUGUGUCUGUCAACGAGAUUCUUGGAGGAUUCUGAUGAGCCAAAUCGACUGGUUCCAAUCAGCGGCGCUUGUCCGGGGUGUGGAAAGACGGUUCAAUGGUCGCUAAUGAUGCAGGAGCUGACGCUGCGUAACUGCGGAGCGAACAAGCCGCGAGCGAAAAAGAAGAAGACCAAACAAGGACGUGUCGGCGUCAACGAGACCAGCAACGAGCGUACACCAGUUGACCUUCAAGAAGCCGAUCUCCCCGACAACGUCAGUCUAGAUGAGAACUGGACUGAGUCGUUGGAUGCGGACCUUGAGUCGGAAAACUUGAUGGAGUCACAAUCCCAGCCUACAUCGACCAGGGCUGAGAUCGUCAUAGAAGACAGCGACUGCGAAGAGAUAUAUACGCUAGAAUGA